GUGUAUGACAUGGUUCCUUUGUCGACUCUGGGUCGUCUGUCUAAGUCUCCAAUCAUGCAUUACCCGUUUGGGUGGAGUCAGAGCAGAUGUGAAGUUUUGUUUGUUGUGUACCUUGUCAGCAACCCGCCGCUUCUUUGGAAGCGAGUUGAAUAUGCCGGUGGGUGUUCUUUAUUCGGGUUAUCUUGCUCAAGGUAGCCCAUAAGAGUUGAUUGGAAUUAUAGACUGACUUACAGUUCGUUUGCAGAGAAUUGCUCUAUCAAGUGUUGUAUUGUGAGGUUUAGGUGCCGGCUGCUUCAUGGUGUUUGUACGUUAUGAGGUGAAUUACAUAGUGCUGUUGUGCGGAUGAAAUGAUGAUGGAUAUAUGAUGUGUUCCCUGCUCAGCGUUGGAAUUUUGAAUGAAGGCCGAAUCUCUCAGCCGAUUAUGAUGCACUAGGAAACGUUUUUGUUCCCUGUACUGAAGUUGCACCUAUCACUUCAGCUGGGCAUAAGUGGUGGACGCCGCGCAUGGUUUAUUAUAUACGCAGCAAGAGCCAACGAAUUCUCCGUGAACUUCUAGAAGUAAAAUCAUAUUGAAAAUGUAAACUUCUUGGUUAGAGUAUGCUCUCUUGCUAGAACACGAGAGCUUGCUUGCAGAUUCUGUACAUCCAAGCAUCUGCUCGCAGAUUCUGAUUUGAAGAACUUGUCGUACACGGCCGUGGUUUCUAGUACGUUGUUCCUUUUUUGGAGCUUUGAUAAUAUAGAUCAUAGAUUCUUGAUGUCGAUACUGGAUAAUCAGGAGCUCUCGAGUUGGAGAAGGCGAGGAUUCUUUAAGAGAAAAAUCCCUUUCUAUCGUCCCUUCGAGACUUGUUGGAGACAGCACAAAUCUUUCGAUCGAGGGCAAGUGCCCUCGAUCGAAAUUCUGAGUAUGUGAUAAGUCUCAUGAAGCGCACUGCUGCAAUGGACCCGAACUUGGUACCCAAUUUUUCGUCACCUGCACAAGAACCGAUGAUCCUUCCCUUGUACGUCCACCCUUACAGCUAUCUGCAAGCGGCUGGUGUCAGCCAGCCUCCUCUCUCCAAAAGGGGGGUAGCCCAAGAAAAUAACAUAAGGAAGUCAAUGUCUCCAAAUGAAGAUAGUGGAAAGACUGGAAGUCGGUGGACGUCACACAAGAAAGAGACCUGUCGGUGUGCAGUUUGUAAACAAGUGAGAGGAGAACUUUCUAGCACUUGGUUCAAUCACGACAAGUCCAAAUGUGCAUGCUCUGUAUGCAAACAAGCAAGAGGCGAAAAAAGGUCAGUGGAGCGGAAAUCUAACAAAGGGUUGAAAGUCAAAACUUCAUCAAUUUCUAAGAGAAUGUGGAGAUUGGCUGGCAUGGCCUUGCCGCCUAAGAGGAAUGCAGACCUUACUGAGACAGGUAUUUCCCAAGUUUCAGAUAAAUUGAGCGUAACUCAGUUGGCUAAUGCCCCUUCGGCAGAAUCUUCAGCAGAGUCUUCGAGCUUGAAUCGGAUGUUUUCCAUCAAUCAGUCCAACAUGUUUGGAGCUGUUGCAAGUACAAGUGGUGGGACAUCGAGUUCUGGUAGCAAUUUCGGCUAUCCAAAUAAGAAUGUUUCAAGGAUUACAGAGGACUCCACCUUAGGGAGGUUUUCCAAUCUUAGAUCUCUCUUUGAUGACAUACAAACAGCAGUCAUGGAGUCGUCAGUAAAUAUUUCGAAGUUGACUCCAAGUGUUCAGAGCAGUCAGCCAGUACAGCCGGGUACAUCAAGAUUCAGCUGGAAGACUUGGGCGCCAUAUGCUGAGAGCCAAUCAGACAUUAGUUUUCAGCCCAUUCUACAGGCUUCGGAUAUUUCUGUCCUCCAAAGGCCUGGAGAACGGAUGGAUGUUUCAAAGGUGGAUAACGAUUUUGCUUCGGGCGUCGAGUGUUCAAGUACGACAUCUGUUGUUUCUCACAGUCAGUUUGCCGAUAGAACGAGUUUGACUUCAGUUUCAAUCUCUGACGGCAACUCGGACAUUCCUUGUCAAGUUGCCCCAAAAAUCACAGAUCCGUCUUGGACAAGCAGGUUGUCAGAUCCGGAAGUCAGUCUAGGUGGAUCGCCAAGUUUUCUCGAUGACUUCUUGCCGGAGUCAUCAAGUGUAACUACAUUUUUCUCAAGAGAUCAACUAGACAUGGAAAUAUCAUCACUGAAGUGGAGUGCAGGCCCUUCAAUAUCUGAGAGUGAGAACCCUUCUCCUAGGGUAUCUAACUUGCAGAUAUCAAAAGAUUCCGGCAUAUAUGAGUCACUGAUUUCGACAUAUUUACCAAACGCUCUCCACGUGAUUGUCCAAGAGCCUGGACUUGUCACCAGUAGGAAGAAGAGAAAAAAGGUGUUGUGUACUUCGGAUAGAAACACACGUGGAUGUGAUCGCUGUGCGGAUAGAACGCCUGGCUUGAACCAAUCAUGUGAAUCACAUUUGGAGUGCAUACAGUGCACUUCAUAUCGUACACGGAAGGAUAUGUUGAGUUCUCGGAUGCAGAUAACAAGAUCAUUGUCAGGAAGAUUGCAUGAUGGGUGGCCUUGUUCUCAUAUAUCAGGUUUGAGCCUAAACAUCCAAGUUUCCGGUUCCAAACUCGAGUCAUUUAAACGGCCAACGAGGUCUUGUCGCAGCAACAAUCAGAUUACGCCUGCAAGCGUGUUUACCAUCAGUUUUGCAAGCAGGAGUCAAUUCAUGGACGUCAUACUUUUUUCCAGCACAAAUGGAUGGGUUAAAAAAAUGGUUUCUACCACGCCUUCGGUCUUCAACAAAGAAAAAAACCUGGAUGAGUACAUGAAGGACGGUUUACAUUUGCAAAGUGCCACCCAACACAAUAAUGAGGGAAUAUUUGAUUCUUACACUAUUUUCGGAAAGAAUUCAGAGCAGGUACUACAUAAGCUUUUCAUUGGUUCGAGAGUUGCAAUAUUUGACAUCUACACGUUGUUAAAGCUUUUGGAGCAGGCAGGAAAUAUUUUGCCUCAAAACAUGAAAUUGAAGACCUUGAGAGUUGGUAGAGGACGUACGGCAUCAGGUCCUUUUAACUACCAGCAAUGUCCACACCACUCUCAGCGUAGUUUAGUAGAGGUGCCUUCGCAAAGAGCAGCUGACGUUCGAACUCACAGAAGCCAGAGUGCUCUCCUUUUAGGGGUAGAACCUUGUUCUUUCUCUUCUCCCACUCAUUACCGUCGUAAUUUGCUUCCCUUUACUUCAGUACCGAACGAGGAGUUCAGUUCUGAUUGCGUUCUAUUUGUUCUAAGGAAUUGGAGCAAAUUCAGGUCAGUCCGAACUUCGUAUUCGGGUCUUGAAGCUAGUUCUUGCCUUCAAUCUCGACAUUUACAUGACGUGCAAACGCAGAUACAGAGAAGAGACUACAUGAGAGAACCAGUUACAGAGGAGAGAACAUCGGUUCUUGCGAUGUCUACACUCUUAGGAUUGCCUUGCGUCCAACUCGGUCCCAGAAGUUUAAUCGAUCAUAUCUGUUCUGCAAGACCCAACACUUCAUGCAGUUGCCUCUCCACUUGUGCUAGAGAGGGUUGUGGAUUUAGCUGUACAGAUGCUGCUGAAGAAAAGAGUGGGUCUUUAGUGGAGAUGGGAGUGACGCCAGAGAAGAAAUCAACGAAACGUGGUGACAAGGUCAAUGCAGAGGAUAUAACCUCCUUGCCUGAAGAUGAUCUCACAGUGCUACAGCGAGGAGCAGGCAAGCGCAAGGAUGCAGAUCAAUGUUCCGACGCAGCAGUUAUUCCUCUUGCGAAAAGGAUGAGAACUUCGUGGAGAAUACCCCCUGUUUCUACCAUGUCAUCAGGACAGAGUUUGCCGUUUGUGACCGCUAAAACUCUUGGAAAUUUCUCAGCUUCAGCUUUCGUUUGUUCACAGAAUGCUGCUUCCCAGCCGUCAAAGUCCAAGUCAAAUGGAGAACCUGAUACUAGAUCUCAGGGUGUUUUUUAUGAUGAGAAGGUUUCGUCUUUGGAAGCUGAUAAGCCUGAUGAUGAUCUCCGGAGACAACUCGAACAUCUGAGCCCAAGCAAGAGCGAUAGACAUGGAGCUGUUUCAGCAUCUCAAAAUUUAAACGCUCUCAUGCAGAGGAAGAAACCUCCGACCGCUCAUAGCGUGAGGCAAACAGCUCGGUCUACAGUUGAAGCAACGAUUGUUCCAGCAAGACAUCCUGCACUAUUCACAGGUUUGUCAUUUCAAGAGCUCUUGAGUUCUGUAUCACAAAACCUUACCUUAACUUGUAGAACCACAGGAACUCGUGGAGAAGGUAUUUCGAACCAAACAAGCUUCAGUGUAGAGUGUAAGUCUGCUAGCUCUACCAAUUUGGAAGCCCAAGGUUUGCAGCGGUUGAUUGACACAAGUUCCCAUUCAUAUACCUAUCGAGGAGUUUCAAGCUGCAAGCAACUGCAAGAUCUAAAUACGAUCGGAGAAGAUUCAAGGUUUGAUGCCAAAGAAGUUACAGUCAAAGACAUGAAACUUGGUGGGGACACGUCAAACUUCCAGAAUGAAUCUGCUACCAACAUUGCUUCUACCAAGUCGAAAAGAUUGGAAGACACCAAUGUUCUUGAGCGAGUUGGAGUCCGUUUUGCAUAUUCAGCAGAUAAGAGCACGUCAAACAUCAGAAAGGAUUCGAAGCAACACAGAUGUUCCGAGGAAGUGAGCUCUUUCCAAGGAAUACAGGAACCCAUUCUAGUUGAGGAGUCAAUUCCAAGUUACAUUCUUGGGCGACAAGACCAUGCAGUUCGAGCUGAAGAGUCCUCGACACUUUCUCUUCUUUCAAAUUUGAUGUACAGACGCGAUAAGAUCGCAGCACUACUACGGGAGUCCACCCAGGCCGGAGAUUUGAUGAUUCCAGAUGAACAGGACGUGGUUGAGGUUGAGGCUCUUCAAUCAAAUGUGCUUGUUGAACAAGAGAAGACAGAAUUCCAACAUAAGUUGAGUAUGUUACUGGAGAAGCCCUUUGAUCCGCUGGAACUGGAUGAUUUAGAGAAAUGUAUUUGUGUCCGCAAACCACAAAUGCGAUUGCGAGAAUCUCGACAAGAAGUUCGCCAUGUCCCAUUGAGUAAAGAAGGUUUAAGCUAUUUGGAGCAUUAUCCAGAAUUUCGCAGAAAGCUCGAAUCUGCCCAUGCUUCUGAAGAAAAGCUUAAACUUCUUCGAGGAUUUUUCUUCUGGAUUCAGCAUACUUGCAUGUCGGGAGCGUUCAUGCCAUGGGAGGAUAAGGAAGAGGACGAUGAUAUUCAGAUCCUGGAGGAGAAGGUCGUAAGUAAUAGACAUAUGACCAUUGGAAAGUCCACUCGAGUGAAAGGAAUUGGAAGGCAGAAUAAGUCAGGAGUUGCGGCUGAACGGACUAAAGAUGUGAGACCUGUAAACGUCAUGCAUAUGUCACUGAGAGCAAGGAAAAAGACGGUCUAUGAAAAGACUAGUAAGCCCCAAAGAGCGAAAAAAAAUGCACAUCAACUUGCAACUACAAAAGUGAAGACCGAAGGCCACGAAGAUAAUGCAUUUGAGACCCUGCGGAAGGGAAAUUCUGAUGUUCGUAUAGUUACAGCUCGUAGAGCUAGUUUGACUCAAGUCGAAAGAGUAAGAAAGGGCGGCAAAUCGACACGUCGUCAACACAAAGCACGGAAAGUAAGACCAUGACCUGCCACUGUGUACGCACCGAAGCUGUCACACAUCAUUGAAGAGGCUCUCUUUACAGGGAGGUCACUACUCUUGGGUUGUGGAGGGCAACUUUUGAAAAUAUUUCAAUUCGAUACCCGAUGAAGUGAUCGGAAGUGAUCGAAGUCGGAAGUUGUCCAUUUUGUGGCGAACAAGAAGGUGAUUAUUGUUCAGCUUGUCAGAAGUUACUGGAACAAGUUUGAAAGCUGCUGUUGUAGAUCAAACAAGAGUUUGUCGGGCUCAGCUGUUGGGCGCCUUUCUCCAUGUGGAUCUGAUAAUUCAUCUUCUCAUGUGGAAGUCAUCGAGGAAACAUUCCAAAACUGUGUUAUGCAGGGUAAAAACACGAGGGUGAAUUCUUUUGCCAGUGGCGAAGACAACGAGCAACGAAGAACAGUGGACAGUCAUAGACUUAGUCUUAGUGCAGUUGUAAUGUACACUACAGUAAAUCAUAGAGCCAAUAACCAGAUGUGUAAAUUACCAACCCAAUAUAUAUGUCAUCAGUAUAUAUUGAGUCCGACUGGUUAUUCUUGACGAUCCCAGAACAAAGGGGAUCUUCUUCACACAUAGGAGUUCAGCUUUUGACUCUAUACGAGGUCAACGGUUUCAUAUCGUCUUAUUUGAUCUGUUAGUAUCCGUCGUAGAUAUUAGGAUACAUCUCGCACGUGUCGUUGCAAGGCAAAGUUAGAAGUAUCUGAGUGGGAAGUACAUAACCGUAUGAAAUAGGAGAACACUGGUGAUCAUUUGUUCUCUAUGGAGUGGAAAUCUUGUACAGAGUAAAAAUACAAAUGAGGUCCAUCAAAAACCUCUCUUUUGUUUAUCGAAUCUUUUGGUUAAGUGUUCUUACUCCACAAGUUUUCAACUCAGAAAAGAACAUUAUUUGUAUUUUAGUCAGGGCGAAAAUAUGCGGAGUACGCAUUUGGUAUACAUUUUCUUGCGUC